AUGGCCGUGCCUCAGUAUCGCGACGAGGUUGUCGUCACCCUGACCAGCCUCGAUGCUCCCUCCUCGUUUGCCUUCCCCGAUCGCCGAUUCUUUCUCACCAGAGAGAAACCCGUCAUGGAUAUCGGACGCACGAGCAAACGGAACUCCUCCUUCGAAGCAGCUAAGAAUAAUGCUUGGUUUGACUCGCCCGUCAUGUCUCGUGAUCAUGCACACUUGAAGUUGGAUGCCGAGAAGCAGAAAGUGUAUAUCAAGGACAUCGGUUCUCUUCACGGCACCUUCAAAAACGAACAACGUCUUUCCAAAAACGUCCCUUCUUCAGUAGGAACUGGUGAUAUAAUCCGUUUCGGAAUAUCCAUCGACAGAGGCGCCGACAGAUAUCCGCCUUGCACCAUGGAAGCACGCUUUAAGUUUGGGACCGCUAGUCCCGAAGAUCGACCCAAGGUCUUCCGAGUCCCCGAUGACUCCGAUGUCGAAGACUCGAGCAGCGAUGAUGACCAAAGUAUCCGCAACAGCUCGGACAUCUUGCGCAACGCCAAUAUCCGACCCGCUGGAUACCCUUCUUCGUCGCCCAGUCCAGCCAUCGAGGUCAUUUCCAUCGACCAAUACCCCAUCUCCAACGUCAGAGGAGACGACGACUACACCACCAACGCCCUUCCGCCUGUAGCUUCCGCUGCAAAGCCCGUUCAAGAAGUGGCAUACGUCGACUUAUCCUCAUCUUCUCCAGAGCAGGUGCCACAAUACAACGGCUUCUCUCCCAUUUCACCAGAGGCCGGUUGGAUGUUGGGCGCGGAAAUGGAAGACUGCGAUAUUAACCUUUCAGAAUCCACCGAUAUGGAUACAGACAGCUCCCAAGAAGCGGAUUCUUCACCCAGCCCGAGCCGAAGCCCCAGUCCUUCUCUCCAUCCCAGCAACACUCCCAAUGACUAUGACAACCAAGAUGAUCUGGACAUGGAGGAGGACUUUGGAGAGCACGAUGAAUUUGAGGACCAAGACUAUGGAUCUGAACUCGAGGAGCCGGCUAGCGGAGAAGGCGACAAUGUCCCAGACCAGGUUAUCCCGGCCGAGUUGCCUAGUGAUAUCGGAGACGAGGUUUCCCAAGGCAUCACCAUCAACAUUCACGAGAUGACUGACGCCUGUGAUAUGGGCGUCGAACCCCCAGCAUGUGAGAAUGUGGAGCAAGACAUUCAUGAGAAUGAAGGACCCCCUCUGGGUGACCUAAGUUACAUGCACCUACCGCCCCUCGAGCAACCGAAGGUGGUUUUGCCACCUUGGGUCCAGCCAUGCUACACCCAGCCACUGAGACUUCCUUCCAUCUCGGAAGCAAUGCCUGCUUAUACACCAAGCCAAAGCACAUACACCAAGACGGGGGCUGAGUUGCUAGGGGCCAAGACAGGGAAGUACGAGUACUUUGCGGCCAGGGCUGAGAAUAAGAUGCAUGCCCUUCCAAGCAGCAUGACCGUCAGUGGUACUUCGAUUCCAGUCAUCCAUUCAGGGCCCUCGGAGCAGACGGCCGUUUCAAACGUUGUGCCUCAGCGUGGUACCGCAGCAGAUUCAUCAACUCCCGAGCAAUCAGCGACAAAGCCUACCGAAGCCAUGAAGACUCGGACUGAUCCAUCUGGUCGCCUCGCUCCUUCAGAUUGGACCGCAUCCGGUGUCCAAUUCUUGAACUCUCCCCUUGAGGAGACACGAGAACCGCCCCAAGAUGAAGCACCCGUGUUCGAUGACACUUCGGCUUACCAAUUCGAGCUAAGCAAGAAGGCUGCCAUUAGCCCUCCCGCCGAAGGCCCGAUUAUCGACACCCAGUUGCAGACCCUAUCAGCCAAGAGAACUCACAUGGAAAUCAGCGAUAUUCUUGAAGCUUCAAGUGAGACCCGCGACCAACCAACGCCUCCUGAUCGCCCAUCGAAGAGGAAGGCCGAAGAAAUCUCCGAGCUCGCGCCAGAGGAUCACGCCACUGAAAAUGCUCCCCGUGUCGUCCAGAAACGAAUCCGAUCUGUGUCGUCCCAGAGACGAUUCCGCACUUUCAUGAAGCCGACUCGUCAUGCUCCUGUCGCCAACAUGGUUACCCCUACAGCAUCAGAGUCUCCAAGCCAGCCACCAGCCAAGCGUCUCCGGCGUGUCGCAGAAAUGGUCGGCAUUGCGGCUCUUGGCGGGGUUGCCGUCAUGUCAGCGCUGAUCGCAACAGCUCCUACGUUUUGA